AAACAAAUUUUAGCAAUUAAACUACCCCGGUUUUUACUCUUACAAUUACGUAUUAUCUGCUCUGAAAAACUGAAGACACAAAAAUUGUUUCAGAGACUGAGAACGGACUCCAACUCUCAAGGAAAUUUCCAGAAAAGGAAAGAAAGGAGAAAAAUAUAGGCACAUAGUAGAUCUCACAUUUCCCCUCAAGAAUCAAGACCAAGUAAUUCUCAUUGUUUCAGGCUUUCAGCACAAUGACUAUUCUGUCUUUCUUCAGCAGAGCUUCAAGAUCUUUCAAUGGUUACCCUGCUACCUCUAAGCUUCUGCUUCUCUGCACUCUCAGUAGUGGGGGUCUGCUGGCAUAUGCAGAAUCACAGGACAUUAGUCCACCCAGUGCUGAAAUUCAUGAAAAAGAUGGUGUCAAGAAGAGAGUGUUGGUUCUAGGAACAGGAUGGGGUGGUACUAGUUUCCUUAAAGAUCUAGAUAUUUCGUCAUAUGAUGUUCAGGUUGUUUCACCCAGAAAUUAUUUUGCAUUUACGCCUUUAUUACCAAGUGUCACCUGUGGAACGGUUGAAGCACGAAGCAUUGUGGAGCCAGUCCGGAACAUUAUAAAGAAGAGAAAUGGAGAAAUUAAGUUUUAUGAGGCAGAGUGUCUCAAGAUUGAUCCUGCAAACAAUAAAGUUCUGUGUCGGUCUACUGUUGACAACUUGGUAGGAAAUACAGAAUUCUCUUUGGAAUACGACUACUUGGUUAUAGCAGUAGGAGCACAAGUAAAUACUUUUAACACCCCUGGUGUGCUAGAGAACUGCCAUUUUUUGAAGGAAGUAGAGGAUGCUCAGCGGAUACGCAGGACUGUGAUUGAUUGUUUUGAAAAGGCAGUUCUUCCUGGCUUAAGUGAAGAAGAGCGAAGGAUAAACCUCCAUUUUGUAAUUGUGGGAGGGGGACCUACUGGUGUGGAGUUUGCAGCAGAGCUGCAUGAUUUUAUCCAAGAAGAUCUUGUCAAGCUAUAUCCAAUGGUCAAAGAUCUAGUCAAAAUAACAGUAAUCCAAUCAGGAGAUCACAUUUUAAAUAUGUUUGAUGAAAGAAUAAGUGCAUUUGCUGAGCAGAAAUUUAGCAGAGAUGGUAUUCAGGUUCAAACUGGAUGUCGGGUUGUUAGUGUUUCUGAUAAGGAAAUUGCUAUGAAGCUCAAAUCAACAGGAGAGGUUUGUUCUGUACCCCAUGGACUAGUCAUUUGGUCUACUGGUGUUGGAACUCGCCCUGUUGUGAGGGAAUUCAUGGAUCAAAUUGGCCAGGCUAAUAGACGUGUUCUGGCAACUAAUGAAUGGUUGCGAGUAAAGGGAUGCGAGAAUGCGUAUGCCCUUGGUGAUUGUGCUACAAUAGAGCAACGUAAAAUCAUGGAAGAUAUCGCAACCAUUUUUAAGGCUGCAGACAAAGACAACUCCGGGAUCUUAACCCUUGAAGAGUUCCAAGGUGUAAUAGAUGACAUCCUUGUAAGGUACCCUCAAGUGGAACUGUAUUUAAAAAGCCAUCAUCUAAAAGAUGUAUCAGAUCUAUGGAAAGAUCCCAAGGGGAUGGAUAGAAAUGAGGUGGACAUCGAAGGGUUUAAGUUAGCCCUUUCUCAUGUGGAUUCACAGAUGAAGAGUCUACCUGCAACAGCCCAGGUUGCUGCUCAACAAGGUUCAUAUCUUUCUAAAUGCUUCAAUCGCAGGCACCAGUGUGAGAACAACCCUGAAGGUCCUCGACGUUUUAGGGGGACUGGCCGUCAUCAAUUCCUCCCAUUCCGGUACAAGCAUUUUGGGCAAUUUGCUCCUUUGGGAGGGGAGCAAGCAGCUGCAGAGUUGCCUGGGGACUGGGUUUCAAUUGGUCAUAGCUCUCAGUGGCUAUGGUAUUCUGUAUAUGCAAGCAAACAAGUAAGCUGGCGCACCCGAGUGCUUGUUGUUUCUGAUUGGGCUCGGAGGUUUGUUUUUGGAAGAGAUUCAAGUCGUAUUUGAGGAAACCAAUUCCAGAACGUAGUAAAGACCCCGUAAAAAAACAAACUCCAGAACGUUGUAAACUAAGUCGGGGGUGCAGCCACUUUAAUUGCAGUGCCGGAGUGCCUGCAGUGAGAUGUGUCUAUAUCAUAAUCAUCCCAUUCCAGCAUUACCUCUUAAUAUGUCCUUAGUGUAGUAGUAUGUUUUCUUAUUGUAUGCGGUUGGCAUGCCGACUUCUAGCACAAUUACAUUUCUAAAUUUGAAAGAAAACCGUCAUGCAGUCCGGCGUGAACCAGAUUGUAUAACAAGAAUGAAAGGUGGGUCUCUUGAUAGUAGGAGUUUUAUUUCUAUCUGUCCUUGUAAUGUAAUUUGAUGCGGUCUGAAUUAUAAAACAGGUAACUCAAAUUCGAUUGUCUUUUAAAUUUAAAGCAUAGCAGGUGGGAAAUGAAAUGACCCUCAUGACAUGUUAUUAUGUUUAAAACUACGAAGUGCAUUAAGGAA